GAGAAGGAGCGACUUGAAGCUCGACACGUCAAGCUCCCAAAAAGUGCAUUCUGCAUUAUUUUACCAUUUUCUUGCGACACUCUAUACAUACCACACCCAUCUCCAUUCCCACCCAGACAGAAAUAACUCGACCGAAGCCGAUCGCAGCUCUUCCCCGUUUGCAGGCGCAUCGACGCGCAUAACCCACCUCGACCAUGCCGGUGCCCGCGCGCAGUCGCCCAAUAAAGAAAGAUCACUUCUCUCAAACCUUCAAAGCCCAAAGACCCGUCCUCUUCAGCGAAAAUGCGCGACCGAGCACUAUUCCUCCACACAUCCGCCAUCUAGCCUGGUCGUCGACGGGUGCCGCUCUGGCCACAACCGCCGGCUCAAAAGUCCGUAUCUGGAACCCCGAUCGUCCGAAUGUUAAGAGCAGUCAGGAGUUGGUGGGUCAUGUCGGAAGUGUAGAGAAGAUUGUCUGGAACCCUGUACGCGAGGGUGAGGUCGCGACCACGGGAAGCGACGGCACCGUGAAGCUCUGGGAUGUACGUGUAGGACCUGGUGCGCACAACAAGGCUGUGCCUGUGAAAGAGAUUGCUUUGGGAGACGGUGGUCUGUUCCUGGCAUGGAGUCCCACUGGUCAACAUCUGGUGGCUGGACGUAGGGACGAUGUCAUUGUGCCCAUCGAUGUGCGUAUGGGAGCUAUGGCCAAUACUGAAGACUGGAUCAUGCAAGAGGGUCGCAAACUGGGUAGUGCCCAGACAAAUCAGAUGGCCUUCUCAAACUCUGGUCGUGAGGUCUUUGCUACAACUGGCGAUGGUACCGUCAAGGUAUUAGACUGGCCGAGCAUGACACUUCUACACACCCUCAAUGCUCACACCAGUGCCGCCUACAGUGUCCAACAUAGUCCUAACGGAGACUUUGUGGCCGUUGGCGGCGGUGACUCUCUCGUCACCCUCUGGGACACGACAGACUGGGUUUGCAAGCACACUAUAUCGAACAUGGCUGGUGGUAUCCACUGUCUCUCCUUCAGCUUCGAUGGCACAUACAUCUGCGGUGCUCACGGCAUGGACAAGGACGGUGACAAGGGCAUCCACGUUGCUUGUGCUCAGACCGGCGAGACUGUGCAUACCUUCGAGACCGCCAACAUUAUCAAUGUCCUCGCAUGGCAUCCACUGAGAUACUGGUUGGCUUAUGCUGGUGAUACCGGCGGUGUCAGAGUCAUUGGUCUGGGAGGAAAUCUUUGAUUGGUCUCAUCUCAAAAGCUUUUUGUAACAAGAGUCCCACGAAUCUGCUUUCUGGACCUAGCGAGGCGUUAAUCUGGUAUAUACCCACUGCGAUCAAACGUUGCUUUCUCUGCUUUCCCAGACCACUCGAUCAUACUGGUCGUUCGCUUUCGUCCUCCGAAUCUGACGGCUCACCAACGUCUGGGAGCUAGUCGGGAUCCGUCUUUUGUUGUCAGCUUCGAUGAUGCGGAACGCUUAAAUAAAUAAGACUGUGCCUUUGGGCAGGUCUUUGUCGCAGGGCGCGUCUCCGCCGGGGAUAAUAGUGCUUGUGCAGUAUUCAGCGGAGGGAAGAUGGGAUGAAAUGACCGAAGUGGAUGACCAGAGCAUAUCUAUCAGACAGCAAUUACCAGGAAGUGAGUCCGAAUGCCUGUUAUUUCGAUUUGCAAUGGA